CGUCCCGAAUGUAUAGUGUAAGAGUUGUACGCCGAUGUUAGUAUUCUUAGUUACGUGUAUAAGAAUGUGUGUGUAAGGGUGUGUGUGUGUGUGUAAGGGUGUGUGUGUGUGUGUGUGUGUGUGUGUGUGUGUGUGUGUCAGUCCUAACUGUCUGCUAGUGUGUGUGUGUCAGUCCUAACCGCUAUGUUUACGCACUGAGGAACAGCUGAAUGCAGGAGUGUGUGUCCCUUGGGAUGGUGGUGGGACGAUCUUCUGGUGAUGUGUGUGGCGGGGCAUCCUGACAGACCACAGCUGAGCUUCACCAUUUCACCAAGAGAGAGAAGAGUAGACAUGGUGGACUUUGCUUGAGUUCCAACACACAUUGAUAAGUGUGGUGUGGUGAGGUGAGGUGUGGUGUGGCGUGAGUGAUGGCGCCGCGUCCAUCCUCAGGCGAGCUAUGGGGGCUCCACCUGAUGCCCCCCCGCAUCCUGGUGGACUGCUGCCUGCCCAACGGCAUGCUGGUCAGCCUGGAGUGCCUGCGCGAGGCGCCCCUGCUCACCAUCAAGCAGCAGCUCUUCGCCGAGGCCCGCAAGUACCCGCUCUACCACCUGCUGCAGGAGGAGUCGUGCUACAUCUUCGUGGGCGUGACGCAGGAGGCGGAGAGGGAGGAGUUCUACGACGAGACGCGUCGGCUGUGCGACCUUCGCCUGUUCCAGCCCCUCCUCAAGGUCAUCGAGCCCAUAGGCAACCGAGAGGAGAAGAUCCUGAACAGGGAGAUCGGCUUUGCCAUCGGCAUGCCCAUCUGCGAGUUCGAGCUGGUGAAGGACCCCGAGGUGCAAGACUUCCGGCGCAGCAUACUGAGCGUGUGCAGAGAGGCCAUGGAGGAGCGGGAGGGGGGCGGUGCCCACUCGCAGGCGCUCUACGUCUACCCCCCCAAUGUGGAGUCCUCCACGGACCUGCCCCCUCACAUCUACUCCAAACUAGACAAAGGUCGUCUGAUCGUCACCAUCUGGGUGAUCGUGUCCCCGUCCAACGCCAAGCAGAAGUACACGCUGAAGAUCGGCCACGAGAGCCUGCCGGAGCAGUUGAUUGCGGAGGCCAUCCGCAAGAAGACGCGCAGCAUGCACUUGUCGGCGCAGCAGCUGCGCAUGUGCGUGCAGGAGUACCAGGGCCAGUACAUCCUCAAGGUGUGCGGCUGCGACGAGUACCUGCUGGAGAAGUACCCGCUCAGCCAGUACAAGUACAUCCGUAGCUGCAUCAUCGUGGGCCGGCUGCCCCACCUCAUGCUGGUCUCCAAGGACAGCCUGUACAGCCAGCUGCCGGCAAGUGGCUUCGUGGCGCCCUCCUACAGCCGCCGCACGCCGCAGCCCAGCCCCUGUCCCGGGGGAGGAGACCCAUCCGCGCCGCGCUCCCUCUGGGCCUUCAACACGCUGCUCCGCCUCCGUCUGCUCUGCGCCACCUACGUCAACGUCAACAUACGUGACAUCGACAAGAUCUACGUGAGAACGGGGAUCUAUCAUGGUGGGGAGCCACUGUGCGACAAUGUUAACACCCAGAGAGUGCCCUGCUCAAACCCCAGGUGGAACGAGUGGUUGACGUACGACAUCUACCUGACUGACCUCCCGCGUGCGUCUCGCCUCUGCCUCUCGAUCUGUUCCGUUAAGGGCCGCAAGGGAGCCAAAGAGGAGCACUGUCCGCUGGCCUGGGGCAACGUGAACCUGUUUGACUACAAGGACACGCUGGUGAGCGGCAAGGUGGCGCUGAGCCUGUGGCCGGUGCCCCAUGGCCUGGAGGACCUGCUCAACCCCAUCGGCGUCGCCGGCUCCAACCCCAACAAGGAGACUCCCUGUGUGGAGCUGGAGUUCUCCUGGUUCAACCAGACGGUGAUUUUCCCGGACGAGCAGCAGAUCGAGGAGCACGCCAACUGGGUCAUCUCCAGAGAGCUGGGCUACAACUACUGCAUGGGCCUGAGUAGUCGCCUGGCGUGUGACAGCACAGUGUCCCAGGCGGACGGCGAGCAGCUGCGCGGCCUGUGCAACAAGGACCCCCUGUAUGAGCUCUCGGAACAGGAGAAGGACUUCCUGUGGAGGCACCGCCACUACUGUGUGAACAUGCCUGAGAGCCUUCCUAAGCUGCUGCUGUCUGUCAAAUGGAACUCCCGUGAUGAGGUGUCCCAGAUGUACUGCCUCCUGAAGGACUGGCCCCUGAUGGGGCCGGAGUCUGCCCUGGAGCUGUUGGACUGUAACUUCCCCGACCCCAUGGUGCGCGAGUUCGCCCUGCGCUGCCUCGUACAGGGCCUCACCGACGACAAACUCAGCCAAUACCUACUACAGCUGGUCCAGGUGCUGAAGUAUGAGAUGUAUCUGGACAACCCUCUCGCCCGUUUCCUCAUCAAGAAGGCUCUGACCAAUCAGAGGAUAGGACACUUCUUCUUCUGGCACCUCAAGUCAGAGAUGCACAACAAGACGGUGUCGCGGCGUUUCGGCCUGCUGCUGGAGGCGUUCUGCCGAGCGUGCGGCAUGUACCUGAAGCACUUGAACAGGCAGGUGGAGGCCAUGGACAAGCUGGUGAACCUGACGGACACGCUCAAGCAGGAGAAGAAGGACGAGACACAGAAGACCCAGAUGAAGUUCCUGGUGGAGCACAUGUCUCGGCCCGACUACAUGGAGGCCUUGCAGGGGUUCGUCUCCCCCCUCAACCCAGUACACCAGCUGGGCAACCUCAGGCUUGAGGAGUGUAGGAUCAUGUCUUCAGCUAAGCGUCCUCUGUGGCUGAACUGGGAGAACCCAGACAUCAUGAGCGAGCUGCUGUUCACCAACAACGAGGUCAUCUUCAAAAACGGGGAUGAUCUGCGUCAGGACAUGCUGACUCUUCAGAUCAUCAAGAUCAUGGAGAACAUCUGGCAGAACCAGGGCCUGGAUCUCAGGAUGCUGCCGUACGGCUGCCUGUCGAUAGGGGACUGUGUGGGGCUGAUCGAGGUGGUGAAGAAUUCCUACACCAUCAUGCAGAUCCAGUGCAAAGGCGGCCUGAAGGGGGCGCUGCAGUUCAACAGCAACACGCUGCACCACUGGAUCAAGGACAAGAACCGUGGAGAGGCGUAUGAUAAAGCGAUAGAACUGUUCACACGCUCCUGUGCGGGCUACUGUGUGGCAACGUUUAUCCUGGGCAUAGGAGACAGGCACAACAGCAACAUCAUGGUCAAAGAGAACGGACAGCUGUUCCACAUAGACUUCGGCCACUUCCUGGACCACAAGAAGAAGAAGUUUGGCUACAAGCGCGAGCGCGUGCCCUUCGUACUCACACAGGACUUCCUCAUCGUCAUCAGCAAGGGAGUACAGGAGUGCACCAAGACCAAGGAGUUCGAGAGGUUCCAGGAGAUGUGCUACAAGGCCUACCUGGCCAUCCGGCAGCACGCCAGCCUCUUCAUCAACCUGUUCUCGCUGCUGCUGGGCUGCGGCAUGCCGGAGCUGCAGAGCUUCGACGACAUCGCGUACCUGCGCAAGACGCUGGCACUGGAGAAGAGCCAGCAGGAGGCGCUGGAGUACUUCACUAAGCAGAUGAACGACGCCCACCACGGCGGCUGGACCACCAAGAUGGAUUGGAUAUUCCACACCAUACGACACAUGCCCAACGAGCAUUAAGGAGAGGAGAUGAUGCUCUCCUAUGCCCCACAAGCACUAGACUAGAGCAUACGUAGAUACACACAGACACUCAUACGUAUACACUCGUGUAGAUGCUGGGGCUGGAACACCAAGAUGGACUAGAUGUUCCACACCACAUGACACAUGCCCAGCGAGGACACAUACAGUAGAUACCCUGUAUGUCACAUGACUUACUCAUACACAUAUGCGCUCAUACUUCACCAAGCAGAUGAUAGACACCAAACAUGGGGCGUGGACCACCGAGAUGAACUGGAUAUUCCACACCAUACCACACAUGCCCAACGAGCACUAGCGGACACGUAGAAACACUCAUAUUUCCAAACAAGCAUAUGCACAUGCACAUACAGCCUCUACUCACUCACUAAUGCUCAGCCAAACAGUAGAUGAGCAACGCCCACCACUGCACUGCGGCUGGAGUCGGACCAUAUAGAAGCACACUCGUAUGCACUCACUCACUCACACGCCUACACAUUUGUGCCACACAUACAGUACGUAUUGUCAUAUACACUCUGAUCUCAA